AGUGCGCUAUUGUCUAACUCAUGUUCACGCGUCGAUUCUUUGGGACGUGGUCAUUGGUCGUCUCUGCCAGGCGGCUUCUUAACCUGAGUCAGCAUGGAGGAGGUGAGGGUCUCGGAUGUGGAGGUGUGUAACCUGGCAUACGGGGGGAAACUGGAGGAGAUAAGGAACAGGAUCCUAGCAGAUAAGUCUCAGGCCACCAGGACAGACCAGGAUGACAGGACACCUCUGCACUGGGCAUGCUCCGCAGGGCAUACCGACAUUGCUGAUUAUUUGCUUCGGUUAGGAGUGUCAGUCAACGACAAAGACGAUGUAGGCUGGACGCCUCUUCACAUUGCUGCCUCUGCAGGGCGCACUGAUAUUGUGAGAGCCCUAAUUGGAAAAGGAGCUCAAGUGAAUGUUUCCAAUCAGAAUGGCUGCACCCCUUUGCACUAUGCCGCUUCCAAGAACAAGUAUGAGAUUGCUCUGUUCUUACUGGAAAAUGGUGCCUCGCCUGACGCCAAGGACAAACUGGAUUCCACUCCACUGCACCGCGCCGCUUCCAAAGGCAACCUAAAGAUCAUAGAAAUCCUGUUGAAGCACAAAGCGUCGACUAACAUUCAGGACUCUGAAGGGAAUACACCCCUCCAUCUUGCUUGUGAUGAAGAGCGAAUAGAAGAGGCCAAGUACCUGGUUGAAAAUGGAGCAAGUAUUUACAUCGAAAACAAAGAUGAGAAGACACCUCUGCAAGUAGCUAGAGGAGGUCUGGGCAUAUUGCUAAGGAGAAUAGUGGAGGGGUAGUUUGUUUUUCAUUAAAAUAGGACAGCGCCAUAUAUACCUUGAAAAUAAGUCACACAGGCAUAUUGAAAAUGUUCCAGCGUGAUCAGAGACCUUUCAGAAGUUCUAAACCACAUGUUAUGGUAUUUGUUUGUGAUUAACUGUGGGGUGUUUUCAAGAGAUUAACCAUGAGACAAAGUA